UACAAGACGAUGGCUGAUCUCAGCUUUAAUGGUUGCUGAACAAGAACAUAUUGGAUGCAGAUUCGAACCAUUUCUCAUGAUGGGAAGACCUCCAAUCACAAUCUGACAGUGAAAUACUUCCAUGUUCACUGAGCCUGAAGAGAGUCAAUGUGACGAGAUCUUCAAAAGUAGUUUCCAGUUCGAGCACAUACAAACACUCUUCUUCUAUUAUGGAAUUCCGUUACAACAACAGAUGCCGUGUUUAUAAUAUGCUCAUGAACCGCCAAAAUGAUAUAUAGAGCCUUCUGUGGCUUCUGCAACCCAUCAACAUCAACUCACAGCCGUUCUGAAUUGCUUGCACCAAGUCUCUCCAAACUCGCCCGUCUAAAUCCCGGCGGCACCGCUGCAACAUUCUCCCGAUCAUGAAUUUGAAAGCCCACAUCCAGCACGUGAUCCACAUCUUUGGGCAACUCGCUAACAACCCACUAAAAUCUAAGGGCACAACCCUUCUUGAGUUGGAAAUUGGACAAGCCUCUACCCUCCGAAUUUUACACGCCUCACGACCGACAUCGACCAUCGGAGCACGUUGAUCGCAAGCAGACACAAUGGCGAUCAAGCACAACCAGAAGCUCGUCAACAACCACUUCCGCAAGGAUUGGCAGCGCCGGGUUCGAACCCACUUCGACCAGCCCGGCAAGAAGUCGCGGAGACGCACAGCUCGUCAGGCCAAGGCUGCUGCCCUCGCACCUCGACCUGUCGACAAGCUCCGACCUGUUGUGCGAUGCCCUACCCUUAAGUACAACCGCCGUGUCCGCUCCGGCCGUGGUUUCACCCUGGCUGAGCUCAAGGAGGCCGGUAUCCCCAAGGCUUUCGCUCCCACCAUCGGCAUCGCUGUCGAUUUCCGCCGACAGAACCUCAGCGAGGAGUCCCUUGCUGCCAACGUUGCCCGCCUCAAGGCCUACCAGGAGCGAUUGAUCCUCCUCCCCCGCCGAUCCAACGCCCCCAAGAAGGGUGACACCAAGACCGACGUCUCCAAGAUCGAGAAGGCCUCUCACAUCUCCGCUACUCUCCCCAUUGCCCCUACCGACAUCGCUGUCAAGGAGAUCAAGAAGGGUGACAUGCCUUCCAACAUCGAGGCCGGUGCUUACCGAACUCUCCGUGUCGCUCGUGCCAACGCCCGAUACGAGGGUGCCCGACAGAAGCGUGUGCGGGAUGCCGCCGAGGCUGAGUCGGCUAAGAAAUAAACUUGCAAAAAGGGAACUGGUGUUUGAGGGUUUUGCUCUUUGCGUCUCUGAGACAUGGGCAACGUCGGUUCGAGGCUCUGAUGAAAGGCUUGGCCGGGUAUGGAGGAAAGAUACUCUAGGUCCAGCUCAAGAAAUUUACUGCAUGAUCACCGGCUUUGCUCUAUCAUUACUUGGUCAAUGGAUGCAUUACGCGCAUAUGGUAUCUCUUUCUUAAAAAGUUAUUCAUUACGAUUUCAACGCUUUGAACGAUUCGUAAAGUGAUGUCUAUCCCCAGUAUUCGUGUCUAUUCCAUUCCUUGAGACUCUAC